AUGGCGGGCGCUGUUUGGCGUUGGCUUCUCUUCCUGCCACAUGCCAAAGGUAUGUUGGCCGAUGUUGGGAUACCAUUGCACUUUUCUGGCUUGCUGAACUCGUCGUUACAUGCCAAGUUCUUUGUGCUCCGUCCGCCGCCGGAGCUUCGGCAACUACGUGGCCGGGCCCUGGAGUGUGAGUACUUCGGGCACAUGUACAGCUUCGAGUACAUGUACACCGACUUUUUCGAGAUGAACCGUCAGUUCCUUGCCAAUUCGGCAGAGGAAGCGGACUUCGUGGUGCUCGAGCAUUGCGUCACGUACGCGUACCAUGUCCUUCGGUAUGGAGCCGGAUUUAACACGGUGAAGCUCACGUGGGAAGCAUUGAGGAUAGCGCAGGAAUCCUACCUGUUGCCUUUGAUCCACUGGGCCGAGACCACGCCGGCUUACCAGAAGACACAGGGCAGGAAUUUCGUCAUCGUUUUUGCCAUGGACAAGGGGUUGGAAAUGGCACGCCUGAAGCUCAGACAUGCUCUUGGCAGCGGCCGGAACCAGCCGUGGUUGCGGCCGGAAUCGGACUCAGCGCCUGAUCCUUGCAAAGGCCGGAGCAGCACAUCGAAGAGGCGCCUCGUUUACUACGAGCAGGAUGUCGUGGUGCCCGUGCCCACGAGCUUUGAGUGGACACCGGAGGCCCAACAGACCGAAGAUCGGCACCUGCUCGUGUUUUACGCGGCAUCUCCGAACAGCUGCAUCCGAAGAUCCAUCGCGAGCCAGCUUGCUGCAUCGGACGAUGCAGAGGUGCUCGUCAUUCCAAAGCCAAUUCCCAAGAAGCCAUGGAGUGACUUCCUCUUCCGGUCCAAGUUCUGUUUUGUCCCGGAUGGGUUCUCAUCCAUCUCGGCAAGGCUUUACGAGGUUCUGUUGCACGGCUGUGUGCCUGUGCUCCUGACCCAUGCCUUUCAUCCGCUGGCAGCCAAGCUUGCACUGCUCACGCCUUCUGAGUCUGUGGCCAGCAUGCCCGCCCUCGUGCUCGAGCAGGUGGCCGAUGCACCAGCAAUUCUGCGCAACAUUUCAGAAGAGGAGUACCUCUCAAUGCACAGGCAGGUAACUCGGGUCCAACGAAUGUUCAUGCCUCUUGGACUCCAGUGCAGACAUGCCUUUCUGGAUAGCUACGAACAUGGAGUUGAUGCAGCGCAAGCAAGACCUAGGCUGAACUCGGCAGGCGAAGCAGGUGAUGGAGCUGGCACACUUUUUCAUUCCUGCACUGAUAGCGAAGCAGUGUGUGCUUCAUGGUCACUGAAGCGGAAGUUCUUGGUGCUCGUCGGACAUGUUCAGCUACUUGCCGCGAGUCAUGCCACAGAGUGCAAGGAGAGGGCGGUCGAGGCUUUGGUCGGGCGGCAGCGCGUCAGCGCAAGGGACGUGGCCUGGCCGUGGGACUUGGCGGAGAUCGUGGCGGUGCAGCCGCCAGGCUUGCUGAUGCCCUCCAGAAGGACGGCCCUGUCAAGCCAGAGCUUUGGUGCCGAGCUCGGUGUCAGGCACUUCAUGGCGGCAGGCUGUCAGGAUGCAGGCCCGCAGCCCAUGUCGAGGAAGACCUUCGCAUCGCAGCCUUUGCGGCCUGCACCACCUGGUGCUGAAGGGGGUCACUUCGUCGCGCCUCGACGCCAGCAAAACCUGGACUGUGUGAAGCCUCCGUUGACAUAUGAGGCCAUCUCCGCUGCCGCAUCACCUCAGCAUCGCCUGCCUCCCCCGCAGGAGCCCGCACUGUGCUGGUGUCUGACCUACACACUGGAUUUCUUCAUGACGAGUGGCAUAUCGGUGAUCGACGGUUCGAUUCAGGCAGCUGCAUUGGCAGUGGCUGACGUGAGUGCAAGCAUUGCUGCCAUAGCCGCGCCAACUGGCUCGAGGCUGGUGGCAGGUGUCCUUUUGCGGCUUCUUGGUAGCACGACUCUGGCUCUGGCUGCUCUGGGUCUCUCCGCGCCGGGGAUGGUGGGCGCCGUCGCCGGCCCCUGCUGCCUGGUGUUGGUUUGUGCCCGUGAGAUCUUCUGGUUCGGGUGGUCUUACAAGGUGGAUGCGAUCUUUAGCCUGAUCCUGUUCGCGGGCGUGGCUGGCCUUCGUUUUGCGGCUUCGUCGGUGUCCACCAGUGAGGCGUUGGCCCCAGAAACGCCAGUCUUCGAGAGCUGGGAUCAGAUGCCGACUGUGCCGACCUUGUUCGAUGUGCGGCCUGUUGGUCCACCGUUGCUGGUGUCCUUCGGCUGCUACAUCAGCCUUUCGGUCCAAGCCAUUUUCACCCGGUAG